AUGGUCAAAUAAUGCUAUCUAUUACUCACUUUAUUGGUGAUUGUCCAUAGUCUGAAUUAUGGAACGGUUCUGAUUCAAAAUGAAGGAGGAGGACAAAUUCAAUCAAAAGUAAUUCAUUUGAUAAAUUUAAGGAAAUACUCUUCUCAUAACCUUUCUAGUAAAUCCCUUAAGUGGCCAUUGCACUUCUUAAUGGAUAAGGAGAUAUUUUUGCAGAGAUUCAUGAAGUUAAUAAGGAAGGUACAUAAGUUACUAUAAAAAAUAAGGAUUCAUAUUAUAAAUGAUGACAACUGAUGAGAUUGAGGCAGAAUUUGCUUAUUUAGCUAUAGAGAAUGAGGAGAACUAUCAAAUAGAAUGUUUUAAUCGCGUAGCUGUAGGAAAUGAGAUUCAAAUACCUAUAAUUAUCUAGAGGCCAACUUAUAUUGGUGUUUUGGGAACGAAUACUCAUGCUAACAAUUUUAAUAUUGGUAAUAAUUAAUGUAAUUGGCGAAGAUUUACUUGAUGGGAAUCUCAUUGUUGAUAAUGAUGGAUAAAUGAAUAUGUGCAUAAUAAUCACAAAUGAUGAAUAACCAAUUGAUUUAAUAGGUUAUUAAAAUUACUAGCAAUAAGAAGUGGCUGAAUUCCAUCCAUUUAAGAAGUAAAAUGCCAUGUAAAUAUUGAAUUAUUAAUUCAGCUUAGGAGCUUAGUAUAAGCACAGCAAUCCCUAGAAAUUACACAUUUAGAUUAAUAGAAGUCUUUUGAAAUAUGGCAUCAUUAAUCUAUAGAAAUAAUUAAGGAUUCUUCAAUUGAAGAAUAUCCAAUUCAUAGAUCUUUAGAAGUUGUAAGCGAAGAUUAACCUAAUCAAGCAGAAUUCAAACAAGAAGAAUCCUUAGAAAUAUUUAAAUUAGAAAAUCAAGAUUAGCAAUCAACAUCUGAUCAAAAAUUGAUUGCUGAAGAUAUCCAUCUUGAUAAUAUUGAUGAAACUCUUUAAUCUCAAAAUAAUUAAAUUGAAGAUAUAAAAUUUGAUAAUCAAGUAAAUAUUGAUUCCCAAAAUUAACAGUAAACAACUGUAGCUGUAUCUGAUUAAUUAGAAGAUAUUAAAUUAGAUCUUGAAUCUACUUAAGAAAAUUAAUAAUCUGAAACUGUUUCUCUUGAUGAUUAAUAAUAAUAAUAAUAAUAAGUUGAGAAUUCUUAAUAAGAAUAAUAAUAAAUUAAUUAAUAAUAAUAACUUGAAGAUGUGAAAUUGGUAAAUGAAGAAUCAGUAGAUAAUAAAAAUUUAUAAGAAAUUAAAUUGACAACAGAUGAGGUUUAAAUUAAAGAACCUGAAAAUGAUUCAAUUUAAAACUAAGAAGAAGAAUCAUAAGUUAUUAAUAUUGAAUAAAAUAAUCCAGAAAAAAGUGAUUAAUAAAAUUCAGAUUUAUAAUCUAAUGUAACAACAAAUAAUAAUGAUUAAGUACUCUAAUAAGAAGAUGUUACAUUUGAUAAUUAAGAUAAUAAAAUUGUAGAAUAAGAGUAAGAAUCCAAAUAAGAAAUCUAAAUUGAAGAUAUUAAAUUAGAUAAUACAGAUAUUUAAUAAAUAAAUACUGAUGAUAUACCUCAAUAAUAAGUUGCAAAAGAAAUCAUAAAUGAUUAAUUAGCUAUUCCAUCAGAAGAGAAAUAAGUUGAGGAUAUUUCAUCAACUGAAGAUGUUGUUGUUCAUACAGAUGAAGUUAAAAUAGAAAAUGUGAAGAUUUCUGAAGCAAAUGUGGAUGAUAUCAGCACAGAAUAAUAAAAUACUACUGAAUAGAUUUAAUAAGAUAUUUAGGAGACUAAUAAUGAAUAAAGUGAAAUUAUUUCUGUUGAUCCUGAGGCUUUUUCAGAACCAUAAUAAAAGGUGACUUAAAUUAAUGAUGAGGAUCUUACAAAAUAAGAAUAAGAUAUUGAUGAAAUGAUAAAAGUUGCCUAAGAGUUGAAAGAAGAAGCUAAGUAACUAAAAAACAAAAAUAGAAAUGAAAGAUAAUAAGAAAAAUUAGAUAUAAUAGAAAAGGCUACUGAUUUAGAGAGGGAAGUUGGAGAAUUAGAAAAUAAAAGUGAAGAGCCUUAAGUUAUUGGAGAAUUAGAAAAUAAAAGUGAAGAGCCUAAAGUUAUAGAAGAUUAAAUAAGUUUGGAUGUGAAUUCUGCUUAUGAAGAUUAAUAAGAAGUUUAAAUUGAAUAAUCAAAAGAAGAAUAAUAACCACCUAUCAUUUAUUUAAAUGAUGGAGGAGUGAAUGCAGAAUAAUAAUUAAUUACUUAGGAAAUCAAAAAUGUUGAUAAUAAUAUGAUUAAUUAAUUAUAGGAUGAAGUUGAUAAGGAAUUGUAAUCAUAAGAAUAAUAGAUUGAGAAUAUAUCAUAAAUAGGAGAAGAGGAUAUCUAAAUUAUUGAUGCAUCAAUUAAAUUAGACGAAGAUCAUUAAGAAAUUGAAGUUUAUGAAUCUGGUCAAGUGGAAGUUAUUUCUGAUUAGGUUUAACCUUAAAUUGAUGAAGUCUAGGAAAUUGAGUAAUCUCAAGAAUAGGUGGAAUUGGAACCAUAAGAAGAUAUUGUUUAAGAAUAAGAAAGUAUAAAAGAAGAAGGUGCUAUUGAAAUUGGAUUAACAACAGAUGAAGGAGAAGCUUUCGUUAGAAAACCUAAGAAAUCUGAUUUUUUAAGAGAAAAAUAAAGAUUAAAAGAUAAAUUAAAUAAUGCCAUUAGAGAUUUUAAAUUAGAUUCUGCAUCAACUAAUUCUUUAGAUUCAGUUGAAGAAGGUGACAAAUAAUAUUCUUUGAUUAUUGAUAGAUUAGAUGUUCCUGAAAAUAAUGAUUAAGUUAUUAUUUUGAAAGAUGAAGAUUAUGAAUAAAAUUAAAUUGAACCAUAACCAGAAUAAGAAGUUAAAUAACUUGGAGAUUAUUUAGAAACACUUCAACCUGAUAUAGAAAAUGUUAAUUUUAUUUAUGAUGAUGAUGAACAACAAUAGGAUUAACAAAAUAUUUAAAUUGAAGAUAUUAAAUUAAAUGAUGAUAUUGAUGAAGAAACUAAUUAUAAAAUAGUAGAAGCUAGAGAUGAUGAUUUUGUAGAAUCUACAUUAGACUCUGUUGAUGAUUCAUAAUAAUAAUAAUUAUUAUCAACUGAAGUUUCUGUUUCUACUGAAGAAACAAAUACUUCUCAAAAUCAAAAUUAGACUGAAGAUGAAAUCAAUAUAUCAUUUGAUGAUUUUUAAAAAGAACUUGAAGCUUUAGCUAAUACUAUUGGAACUAUUAAAAAAGAAAAUGUGGAAACCAAAAAAACUAGUGAUUAUAUCAUGGUUAAUGACAAUAGUUAAAUGUAUGAAGCCACAUAUGAUGAAUAAAGCAAUGAAUUAUCAUAAGAGGAUUAACCUUAAAUUGAAGAAAAUUAAGAGCAAUAUUAUCAAGGCAUUGAUGAUGAUUAGAAUAAUUCAACAGAAAUUGAAUAAUCUGAAAAUUUAGAUCAAGAACCAUCAUAAUAAUAAUAAUAAUAAGAAUAAGAAUAAGAACUUCAAUAAUCAAAUGAUGAUCAAGAAUUAGAAUAAUAGGAAAUUAACUCAUAAUAAUUAACGGAAGAUCAAAUUUUAGAAGAUGAAUAAUAAUAAUAAGAAGAUGCAACUCAAUAAGUUUAAAGUUAUGAUGAUACUGCUGAACCUUAAGAGUAAUAUUUAACUAUUGACAAUCUUGUUAAGGAUAAUUCAGCUGUUACUGGAGAAUCUUAUGAAUAACCACCAUAAUAUUACGAUGAAGUAGAUAAUUAAUCAAAAGAGGAAGAAUCAUCAAAUAAAGUUGAAAAUAAUUUGGAAACAGAUUAUGAUAUUUCUGAAUAAUAAUAAGAUUAAGAUUAUUAGCAAGAUUAUCAAAGUGAUUAAUCAUCAUAAUAAGAAUUAGAAUAAGAUUUCGUUGUUAUGAAAGCAAAUUAAUUUAUACCUUAGGAAAUUGAACAGCAAGAAUAACUUUCUGAUAAUUAAAAAGAGGAAGAUAUCUAUUCAGAAACACCCAAGGAUGAAAAUGAAAUUGAUAUUAUAAUUGAUGUUGCCAAUUAAUAAUUGGAUUAACCUCAAUUAAAUGAAUAAGAUUAUGAUUAUGAAGAUAAUUUUGAAGUUUAAUAACAAACAAAAAAAUAAGAUGAACCAUAAUAAUAAUAACAAUAAUAAUAAUAACAAUAAUAACAAUAAUAAUAAUAAUAAUAAUUAUAAUAAGAUUCAAUUUCUAGUAAGAAACAUAAAUAAAAGAUUUAACAUUCAAUUACUAUCUCUCAUAAUCCUUAAUAAAGUAAUAAUAAAUAAACUGAUAGAUCUAUUGAAAUAGAGCAUGAAGAUAAAUCUCUGAAAAUUGAACAUGAAUUAAAUUAAGAGGAAUUAAAAAAAAAUUUAAAAGAAUAAUUAAAAUAAGAAAUUAAAGAAGAAUUAAAAUAAGAAAUAAAAUAGGAAAUUUAAGAAUCUCAUAAUAAAAGAAAAUCUGCAAGUUUAGUUAUAGAGGAUAAAAUUGCCAAAGAUCCAGAAAGACCUGCUUAGAAGGCCAUAAAUAAUUUUAACAAUUUAUUACAUGAUGUAGUAGAUGAAACUCUGAAGGAAGAAGAUAGAAAACACUAUUAAAAGUUACCAAUAGUAGAUGUAAGGAAAGAGUCUUUCAAUAAAGUAGAGCCAAAAAUUGAAUAAGGAAUUGAAGAUUUAAAGAAAGCAUUAGGAUUAAAAGGAGGAGUAGAAGUAACUGAUAAUAAUGGUAAGAAACAAGUUAUUAAUGUUGAGGAUUUUAAAAAAGAAAGUGAAAAAUUACUUACCAAUCCAUAAAGAGAAAAUAAGAAUGAUAGUCCUUAAUACGAAGAAUUUUUGAAGAAAGUAACUGAAAAACCAUAAAAAAAUAAUAAUGAAUUAUAAAAUAAUUAUGAAGAAUAGCAUAAUAUGAGAAAAUAAGAAAUUUUGGAGAACAUAAAGAGAGAAUUAGAAAUAAAGAAAGGUCAUUUCACAAUUCCAAAUGAUUCAUCUUAAGGUAGUAAUAUUAAUUAAUUUAUUAGCUGAGUUAUCACCAUAUGAAUUUGAGAGAGUUUAUUUGGAUUGGGAAAAGAAUAAGUAAGAUAUAAUUCCAAGUAUGCUUUAACAUUCAAUUGAAUAACCAAGCACUUAAGAAAUUCUCUCUAAUUAAGAAGUUGUAUAAUAGAAAUCAAGUGAGAGAGUCUCAAGAAAAGAAGAAGUUGAUAAAGAAGUUUAAGAGUUACUUUAUGGAAAUUAAAAGAAUAGAAAAUAAUAAUCAAAAUAAUCUUAAAAAGGUAAAUUUUUAGAUUAAAAUUUAAAGAGUUUAAAGUGGAGGAUUUAAAGUAUAUAAAGGAUGAUCCACUUUUGGAUUCAACUUACAGUGGAUUUGUAUAAGUAAAGGCAAAUUUAAGAAGGAGAUAAUAUUGAUUAAUAUAAGUUUAUAAAUUAACAGAAAAUAAUAU